AUGAUCAAAUUAUUCGUUCGUAUUUCACUUGGUUCUUCUAGGGAUCCACGUUUCACCGAUGAGGUAAAGGUCUUUCAUCAAUUAGCUGCAACACUUCAACAACCAUCGAGUACUUUAUCGCCUGAAUUGAUGCGAGAAUGGCUUGAAGAUCUUCAUAGUAAAGGCAAUGAAAAGCUUAAUGGAACAUUCAAUGGCAAACUUGAAGAGAAACAAGUGAAGACGAACUCUGCCGAUAUACCAAUUAAUAUUUAUACACCGAUUAAUACCAACAAAGAUAAAUUAGUUGUUUACUUCCAUGGUGGAGGCUGGAUAGUAGGCAGUCGAAGAACGCAUCAAGCGAUUAUAAAUCUUCUUGCAGAUGCGACAAAAACUGUUUGGAUUUCGGUCGAAUAUCGUCUAAGUCCUGAACAUAAAUAUCCGAUUUGGCUCGAUGAUACAUGUGCAGUAACUAAACAUAUUAUCGAAAAUAAAGAAUCCUAUGGUGUUGAUAAAACAGCUAAGAUUGGCGUAGCAGGUGAUAGUGCCGGAGGUACGAUUAGCGCAGCCGUUAGUCAAGAGAUGAAAAAUAUCGAUUUUCAGAUUCUCGUCUAUGGUUUGUAUGAUUUUACUCGUUCAGCACCGUCUUACAAGGAAUUUACUGAUGAACAGUAUCUUUCUACACCUGCACUGCUUGAUUGGUCUAUCAAAAAUGCAUUUAAUAAUGAAGUUGAUGCGAACGAUCCUCGAAUAUCUGUCUUACGUAAUACAUCACCCGAUCGAUUACCACCAACUUUAUUUAUUGUUGCUGAACUAGAUCCACUUCGAGAUGAUAGCUAUGCAUAUAAGGAAAUUCUGGAUAAAGCUGGUGUAAAGAACAAGCUUGUACUUUUCAAAGGUGUUAUUCAUGACUUUUUUGCUUUACCUGGAACCUAUCCAAAAGCAUGUGCACAAGCUAUUGAUGCUAUUCAAGAAUUCAUGGCAUCCAUCUCAUAA